GACAUCUUGUGAUCACAAGACCUCUCCGUUUUGAGUUUUCUUGUCAAGGCAAAAAUUGGGCGAAAAAAGGCCGUCCCUUUCGGGAUAAGCGGGUAAAACAGCUCCAAUAUUUUCAACUAAAAUCUCAAGAUGAGAUACUUCCUGACGUACCUGUUCGUGCUGCUGGUGGGCAUCGCCAUACCCAUAUUUUCGCUGUACUACUUGCUGAAUGGAAAGGGUGAGCAGAUAAGUUUCGGAUGGUUCCUCGAGAAUACGUCCCCCUACAUGUGGGGGACGUUGGGAAUCGCCUUCUCCGUCGCCCUGUCGGUAGUGGGCGCCGCGAUGGGCAUCCACACGACCGGAGUGAGCAUAGUCGGAGGAGGUGUCAAGGCACCCAGAAUCAAGACCAAGAACUUGAUCUCCGUCAUCUUCUGCGAAGCCGUCGCCAUCUAUGGAUUGAUCACUGCCAUCGUAUUAUCGGGUAUGCUGGAGAGAUAUACGGAGCCUCUGACUGACGUGACCAUCAAGCAGCAGAACUGGAUGGCUGGAUACGUGAUGUUUGGAGCUGGUCUGGCUGUGGGUCUGGUCAACUUGUUCUGCGGUAUCGCCGUCGGCAUCGUGGGAUCAGGUGCCGCCCUCGCUGACGCAGCCAAUGCUGCUCUGUUCGUCAAAAUCCUGAUUGUUGAGAUCUUCGGGUCGGCCAUUGGUUUGUUUGGACUUAUCGUCGGCAUUUACAUGACGUCAAAAGUCAAAAUGGGCAACCAGUAAUUUAAGAAGAACAGUUGUUUUAAGUAUUGAAAAUGCACUGGAUUGGCCCAGCCUUGACUUCAAAGAACACAAAUGGAAGGAAAGUAUCCAGUGCUCAAACAAACCUCUAUUUAUCAUGGGAAUAAAGCUUACAAAAUAUUAUUGCAGUGUUGAAUAUGUGUAUAUUUCCUAUACUGUUGAUGUGUUUAUGUUAUAAUGUAAAAUCUUCAUGUACUGCGAACAAUAUCUGAUCUUAGCACUACAUACAUAUGAUUAACAUAAUUACAAAUUAUAUUUUUCUACAAAUGAGAUUGGUGAAUACCAUUCACCAGAUGUAUUGAGUACUAAUCAUUAAAUAUUUUGCUAUCAGUUGGACUGAUAAAAUUAUUACAUAUUAUUUAAUUUAUUAAAUGCAUUUUGUGCUAAGGUUACAGAUAUUUUAAACAGGUUUGAAUCAAAUUGGAGUGUUUUUUGUCAACUUUUUAACCAAUAGUAUGUGUUGUACGUACUGUAUAAUACUAAUAUUCAUGUUGAUUGGAUACAAUAUAGAAAUAAUAUAGCAUGAUGGAAAUGUGCAUGCAUACCCGAGGCCCAAGGUCAUGUCGCCUUCAAAGCACAAUAUUGUAUCAAGUCAUUUUCGUUAAGGGCUUAAACAUUCCAUAAUCCUUAAUUUCAAGUUUUAUAAAAGCUUUCAUUGGCUUCAGUCAAUACCCCUGUUUCAUAUAAAUACAUGUGUACAUAUUACAUUUGGAAGUAUGUAGUAUUUUUCCAUUAGGUACGGAUCAAGAGACCAGACUAAUGUCAACAUACUUAGAACCUUGUUUAUUUAAAAUAUUCAAUCCUCAAUUCUGUAAUCUGUAUCUAUUUGGAAAACGUCCUGUUAAUAUCUGGUAUAGAUAAAAUUUAUGAUUGUCUAUUUUUUUUAUUGAUAUAAAAUCAGUCCACUUGUAAAUAUUAGUUGCUUCCCUGUACUAAUUUAUUGUAAAUUCAUAUCCUUAUAAAACUUUACUCUAGGUGUUAAUGUGAAUGCCAUAGAUUGUUUGAAUAUCGAUCAAUUAAAAUCGAUUUAAAUCGAUAAUGGCUUUUAGGCACAAUGUGCAAAUUUCGAAACAAAACGAUUGUAAAAGUAUUAUGUCAGUCUUAAGUACCGUUAACUGAUGUAAUUCUAAGUUAAUUAUUUGUGCAAAUGUAGAUAUUAUGUAUGUUGAUGAAUAAAUAGAUAAAAGUUA